UCUUUUGGUGUCCGGAUUUCUUUAGUCUGUUUGGCUUAUUUCUGCCAAUAAUUCUGUAUACCGAACUUGCUCUUCAUUCAUCCAUCCAGCUUUUGUUCAACACAACACUUCAUCAAGAUUUCUAUUUUCAGCUGUCCAAUAUGCGGCCUCCUAUACCCAGAUUUUUCCAUUGGAAUCUGGGUUGCACCACAAAUUUCAAUCUGAGGAAUUGUGCUACAAGAUUGCUGUUUCAAUCUAUACACAGCAAUGCACAGGGUUCCAUUGGUCAUUAUGUAGACAAUUCUUUGCUAAACACUUACUCGACUUCAUCGUGUGGAAUACUGCGAGAAGAUGUUGCGAAAGAUGGUGCAUCGAACAUGUUGGUUGAUACUUUUGGAAGGCUGCAUACUUAUUUGAGGAUAUCCUUGACUGAACGCUGCAAUUUAAGGUGCCAGUAUUGCAUGCCGGCUGAUGGUGUUGAACUCACUCCUAACCCGAAAAUUCUAACACGGAGUGAAAUUAUUCGCGUAGCGAAUUUGUUUGUCAGCUCCGGGGUGGAUAAAAUUCGUUUGACUGGUGGAGAGCCAACAAUCCGGAAGGAUUUUGAGGAUAUUUGCCUAGAGCUUUCAAAAUUGAAGGGACUGAGGACACUUGCCAUAACUACAAAUGGGAUUACUUUAGCACGGAAGCUUGCUCGAUUGAAAGAAUGUGGAGUUAAUUUGGUUAACAUUAGCUUGGACACAUUGGUUCCAGCGAAGUUUGAGUUCAUGACUAGACGCAAAGGACAUGAAAGGGUGAUGGAGUCGAUUCGGACUGCAAUAGAUGUUGGUUAUAAUCCAGUUAAAGUGAAUUGUGUGGUAAUGCGUGGAUUCAAUGAUGAUGAGAUUUGUGAUUUCAUAGAGUUGACACGUGAUAAACCAAUCAAUGUCCGGUUUAUUGAGUUUAUGCCUUUUGAUGGGAAUGUUUGGAAUGCCAAGAAGCUUGUACCGUACAAGGAGAUGUUGGACAUUGCGGUUAAACGAUUUACAGGGCUUCAAAGAAUUAAGGAUCAUCCAACGGAGACAGCUAAGAAUUUCUGUAUCGAUGGGCAUCAGGGCAGAGUUUCGUUCAUUACAUCAAUGACCGAGCACUUUUGUGCUGGUUGCAACAGGUUGAGGCUUUUGGCAGACGGGAAUUUUAAAGUCUGCCUUUUUGGUCCCUCGGAGGUUAGCUUGAGGGAUCCCAUUCGUUGUGGUGCUGACGAUGAUGAACUAAGGAAGAUUAUUGGUGCUGCAAUCAAAAGGAAAAAGGCUUCUCAUGCUGGAAUGUUCGACAUAGCAAAAACACCGAACAGACCAAUGAUACAUAUCGGUGGCUGAGGCUUAACUAUUCUUUCAUAUGCAUCAGUUCAAAAUGCUCCCUUCUGUUAACGACAAUAUGUGUUUAGCAUACAAAUUUUCUGCUUUAUCCCGAGGAGAGUGCAAUCAUAUCACCUUUCUGCUUAUGCAUCCAUAAGCAAUAUAGAUAACAUCAUAACAAGAUUUCAUUCCAUUUGCUUUUCAGUGCCUUGAGAUUAUGAUGUCUUACUUUGUUGUUCAUUGCUGUUAGACUAAUCUUUUACUCAUAAUCUAGACUUCCAUUCCAUA